AUGGGGACUGGGAAGCAGAGGUGGAAAAUUUACUUUCACAAGUCACCAUCCGCGCUAUUCCUCCUCAAAAAGCAAUGCCCAUCUAUUCCAAACGAGUUUCUGUGUCCAAUAUCGGGUGCUUUAAUGGCGGAUCCUGUUAUAGUAUCCUCUGGCCACACUUUUGAACGGAAUUGCGUUCAUGCUUGCGUUUCACUAUCCUUCAAACCCAAAUUGGCCGAUGGUUCCAGCCCCGAUUUCUCCACCAUCAUACCCAAUCUCGCCCUUAAAUUCACCAUCAUCAAUUGGUGCCGGACCCAUCUCAUCGACCCACCUAAACCCAUUGAUUUUUACUCAGCAGAAAAAAUCGUCAGUACAUUAAUUCACCACAAUAGUGCGGAUGACGGAACUGAGUUAACUCGGACUCCAAGUCAGGUGUCGAUAACUAGUUCGGAAGAAUCGGUGACGCCCAGAAACGGGUUCCUCACUCCCUUAACGCUAAAAACUCGACCCACUUGUUAUUCAUCAUCCUCUUCCUCAGAUAUGGAAAUCUUAAAUUCUAGCUCACUGGAAGAUGAAGAACUCAUUAUGAAAUUGAGAAGUUGUGAGGUUUCUGAACAGGAAGAGGCUUUAACUUCACUUCGAAAACUGACUCGCACCAAGGAGGAAACCCGACUCUAUCUUUGUACUCCGAGAUUACUCUCGGCCCUCAAAUCAUUGAUUACCUCGAGAUAUUCAUCGUUGCAAGUGAAUGCAGUGGCGGUGUUGGUGAAUCUGUCUCUGGAGAAACAAAACAAAGUGAAGAUCCUACGGUCUGGGAUUGUUCCACCGGUGAUUGAUGUUCUAAGGGGAGGGUUCCCUGAGGGUCAAGACCAUGCAGCCGGUGUACUCUUCAGUUUAUCCCUCGAUGAUCAGAACAAAACUGCCAUUGGUGUUUUGGGCGCGUUGCCACCGCUUCUCCACGCCCUCCGAUCCGACUCGGAGCGGACUCGCCACGACUCGGCUUUGGCUUUGUAUCACCUUUCUUUAGUGCAGAGCAAUCGGGUCAAAAUGAUCAAACUCGGGGCGAUCCAGAUUUUAUUGGGCAUGAUGAAAUCGGGUCACAUGACGAGUCGGGUCCUUUUAACUCUAUGUAACUUAGCUGCCAGUGUGGAAGGAAGGACAGCAAUGCUGGAUAGUGGUGGGGUGGACUGUUUAGUGAGUAAGCUUAGUCAAGACGAGUUUGAAUCCGAGUCGACUCGGGAGAGUUGCUUGGCAGCGUUGUAUGGGCUGAGCUAUGGCGGAUUGAGGUUCAAGGGGUUGGCGAAGGAGGCGGGGGCGGAGGAAGUGUUGAGAAAGGUGGAGGCAAUGGGGAACGAGCGGGCGAGGGAGAAGGUGACGAGAAUUCUUGAGGUGUUGAGGGCGAAAGACUCGGAGGAUGAGGAAAUCGAUUGGGAAGAGUUGCUUAACUCGGAGGAUACAGUGUCAGCACACAGAAUCUAA